CAAAGCAGAAGAUGAAUGAGAUUGUAGAAGUUCCAUGGCUGUGCUGAGAGGUGAAAUAGAGGCCGACAUGUCAGACAUCAUGACCUCUUCUUCACCUGCUCUCCUCUUCCAAUGUGAUUACACCGACUGGUCUCCCUCCUUGUCCAUCAUCCCGUCCGUCUACCUGGCAGCCUUUGUGGUGGGUUGCCUGGGCAACGGGCUGGUGCUCUGGGCCUACCUGGACCGAGCCGAGGGCGGGCUGUGUCACAGCCAGCAGGGCGGCGCUGUAUCAGCACGGCGUGUCCUACAGAAGAAGUGCGGAAGGAGCCGCAGAUUCUGGUCCAGCGCCUCCGUGCCACGCCCGUCCCGUUCUCUAACGGACAUCCUUAUAGCUAGCUUAGCGUUAGCUGACCUCUGCUUCUUGGUGACCCUGCCCCUGUGGGCGGCGUACACGGCUCUCGGCUACCAUUGGACGUUCGGGCAAGGCCUCUGCCAGCUGAGCAGCUUCCUCACCGCCCUCAACAUGUAUGCCAGCGUGUUUAGUCUGAGCAUGCUCAGUGUGGAGCGCUACUGGGUCCUGACGGGACGCCGGCACUCUGCCACCCCACCGGCCCCUGCAGGGGGAUGCCCCAGUCGGGCAGUGCGGGUGCUCGGGGGGAUGUGGGCGCUGGCGGGGGUGCUGGCGCUUCCCGCUUUGCUUUUGCGGUCCGUCCAGGAGGUGGAGCUGGAACCUGAGGAAGGUUCUGUGGUGUACUCGUGCCAGAUGGACUACUCCAUACUGAUUGGCUCAGAGCUGGGCGAGGAGGAAAGGUAUGGAGCUGAGAUGUGGUGGGCGGCGGCGCUGAGCCUCAAGUCCACGCUCAUCGGCUUCCUGCUCCCUCUCCUGGUCUUACUGGUGUGCUACUGCUCGCUGGCCCGCCUCCUUAGCGGACACUUCGGACGGGGGCCUCGACCUGACCGCCGGCGCCAGCGCAGACUCCUCCGGGUCAUCGUUACUCUGGUGAUGGCCUUCUUCCUCUGCUGGCUGCCCCUGCAUGUCAACAAGACUUUAGCCCUGCUGCUGGAGUUUGGACUGCUCCCAUACUCCUGCACCUUAGACCAGAUCCUCCUGGCGGCUCACCCCUACGUCACCUGUGUUGCCUACCUCAACUCAUGCCUCAACCCGCUCCUCUACGCCGCAUGUGACCCCUCAUUCCGCAAGAAAUGCAAGGCCACUCUUGUGUGCGGGAUGAGCUGCAGGAAGGACGGGAUGGGAAAUGAGGCAAGGAAGGAGGAAGGCAGCGUGGACUUGCAUAUGAGGACACAGGAGGCUAGGACACAGGAGGCUGACAUGGUCACUGAGGGGUGCGAGGGCUAG